AUGAAUCCGAACGAGAUUCGAGGACGUGCCGACACGUCGUCACCGCCGACCUUGCCGGAAAUGAACGGCGACAUGGCAUCGUGCUCUUCAACAGAUGAGCAGCCACAGAAGGUUCCUAUGGAUACCGAAUCAAUGGUGUUACCAAGCGAAUUCUCAGCCGCCCAUGAAGCUCAGCAGCUCGUUAACCUUUACCUUAACCUUGACUGGUAUGUCUGA